AUGUUGGUGCCUUUUAAGGUUGAUUUCAUGUUAUUUUACCUGUUGGAAUCCUACACAUUGAUAGAUGAGACUGGUUUUUGGCCGACUCAACGUCAACGUAAAUACUAUGCUUUUAAGGCUCGAAUCAUGCACGUGCAGUCCACAUAUUUAAAAAACGACUAG